GCGGAUCACCACCAACAGCGCUCCCAGUGGCUCCCGGUAAGUUGAACAAGUGAAUAGUAAAAGCAGGCUGGGUUACAAAGCUUUCCAAAAAAGUUAUUGAUAUGUGCCAAUCACCAUAAAAAUGACACGACAAAUUUUAUCUUAAUUAAUCUUGGAAACCUAACUAGUGGUGUGAAAAACCCUGCCCCCCUCUCUAUUUGAUAAUCAGAAAAGCUAUCGUCAACCGGGUUACGGUAUUGAAGAACAGUAAAUGCUACAUGUAAGAUGUAUGCUGCAUGAUUUUCCCAACUCCCCGAAUGUAUGUUGUGUUCAGAAACGCAAUAAAUAAAAGACAACGUGAUAAAUAUAAUGAAAAAAUACAUAAACAGAGUUCGAGGGUAGAUAAAAAAAAAGCCAAACAAGUAAACAACAACAACAACAACAACAAAAACAACAGAUGAAUCAGUUGCAGUUUAAAGCGAACUUUUCCUCAGACGAUAGCAAUUAUGAAAUUUUGUUAAUUUUUUCGAAAAUACGGAUUAACCGGGUGUAUAGGUAGAGGUCUUGAGGCAGAUAUAACUUAUAAAAAUCAAGGUUGGAAAUUGUGUCUUCACUUUUACUAAUUUUGUUUGUUUGUUUGUUUGUUUUUUGUUGUUGUUUCUUCAUUUGUUUUUAACAUUACCAGAGUGUUCAAACUACCAAGUUCUGAGCGAAAAUGAUCGUAACACAGCCUACAAAGGGUCAGUGAAAUGUGAUAACUCAAUGGCUACACGCUGGUACAAGUUUCAAGGAGGUGCGGGCUCACAAAUGCCUACAAAGUGUGUGCCCAUAAAUCAGUGUGGUACCCAUGCACCAGGCUGGCUGAGUGACGGACAUCCCACUGUGAACGAGGGAGCAGUUCAACGUAAAGUGUGUUUCCAUUGGUCAUCAAACUGCUGUCGGUGGUCCAGUAAUAUUAGGGUUCGUAACUGUGGCGGUUUCUUUGUGUACGAGUUGGUUCGGGCACCUACAUGUAGCUUGCGAUAUUGUGGAGAGAAAGCUCAAGGUAAGAGUGUUUUUGCGUACUUAAUGACAGCAAUAUCUCUACAAAGAGAUUAAAAGAAAAGAGAAAUAAGUCUUGAAAACACUGUAAAUAUUGUGUUGCAUUUUUACUAGGCGGAUCACCACCAACAGCGCUCCCAGUGGCUCCCGGUAAGUUGAAGAGCUAAAUAUUAAAAGUAGGCUGGGUUACAAAGCUUUCCAAAAAAGUUAUUGAUAUGUGCCAAUCACCAUAAAAAUGAAAAGACCAAUGUUAUCUUAAUUAAUCUUGGAAACCUAACUAGUGGUGUGAAAAACCCUGCCCCCCUCUCUAUUUGAUAAUCAGAAAAGCUAUCGUCAACCGGGUUACAGUAUUGAAGAACAGUUAAUGCUACAUGUAAGAUGUAUGCUGCAUGAUUUUCCCAACCACCGAAUGUAUGUCGUGUUCAGAAACGCAAUAAAUAAAAGACAACGUGAUAAAUAUAAUGAAAAAAUACAUAAACAGAGUUCGAGGGUAGAUAAAAAAAGCCAAACAAGUAAACAACAACAACAACAACAACAAAAACAACAGAUGAAUCAGUUGCAGUUUAAAGCGAACUUUUCCUCAGACGAUAGCAAUUGUGAAAUUUUCUUAAUUAUUUCGAAAAUACGGAUUAACCGGGUGUAAAGGUAUAGGUCAUAAGGCAGAUAUAACUUAUGAAAAUCAAGGUUAGAAAUUGUGUCUUCACUUUUACUAAUUUUGUUUGUUUGUUUGUUUGUUUGUUUUUUGUUGUUGUUUCUUCAUUUGUUUUUAACAUUACCAGAGUGUUCAAACUACCAAGUUCUGAGCGAAAAUGAUCGUAACACAGCCUACAAAGGGUCAGUCAAAUGUGAUAACUCAAUGGCUACACGCUGGUACAGGUUUCAAGGAGGUGCGGGCUCACAAAUGCCUACAAAGUGUGUGCCCAUAAAUCAGUGUGGUACCCAUGCACCAGGCUGGCUGAGUGACGGACAUCCCACUGUGAACGAGGGAGCAGUUCAACGUAAAGUGUGUUUCCACUGGUCAUCAAACUGCUGUCGGUGGUCCAGUAAUAUUAGGGUUCGUAACUGUGGCGGUUUCUUUGUGUACGAGUUGGUUCGGGCACCUACAUGUAGCUUGCGAUAUUGUGGAGAGAAAGCUCAAGGUAAGAGUGUUUUUGCGUACUUAAUGACAGCAAUAUCUCUACAAAGAGAUUAAAAGAAAAGAGAAAUAAGUCUUGAAAACACUGUAAAUAUUGUGUUGCAUUUUUACUAGGCGGAUCACCACCAACAGCGCUCCCAGUGGCUCCCGGUAAGUUGAAGAGCUAAAUAUUAAAAGUAGGCUGGGUUACAAAGCUUUCCAAAAAAGUUAUUGAUAUGUGCCAAUCACCAUAAAAAUGAAAAGACCAAUGUUACCUUAAUUAAUCUUGGAAACCUAACUAGUGGUGUGAAAAACCCUGCCCCCCUCUCUAUUUGAUAAUCAGAAAAGCUAUCGUCAAUCGGGUUACGGUAUUGAAGAACAGUUAAUGCUACAUGUAAGAUGUAUGCUGCAUGAUUUUCCCAACUCCCCGAAUGUAUGUCGUGUUCAGAAACGCAAUAAAUAAAAGACAACGUGAUAAAUAUAAUGAAAAAAUACAUAAACAGAGUUCGAAGGUAGAUAAAAAAAGCCAAACAAGUAAACAACAACAACAACAACAAAAACAACAGAUGAAUCAGUUGCAGUUUAAAGCGAACUUUUCCUCAGACGAUAGCAAUUGUGAAAUUUUCUUAAUUAUUUCGAAAAUACGGAUUAAUCGGGUGUAAAGGUAUAGGUCAUAAGGCAGAUAUAACUUAUGAAAAUCAAGGUUAGAAAUUGUGUCUUCACUUUUACUAAUUUUGUUUGUUUGUUUGUUUGUUUGUUUUUUGUUGUUGUUUCUUCAUUUGUUUUUAACAUUACCAGAGUGUUCAAACUACCAAGUUCUGAGCGAAAAUGAUCGUAACACAGCCUUCAAAGGGUCAGUCAAAUGUGAUAACUCAAUGGCUACACGCUGGUACAGGUUUCAAGGAGGUGCGGGCUCACAAAUGCCUACAAAGUGUGUGCCCAUAAAUCAGUGUGGUACCCAUGCACCAGGCUGGCUGAGUGACGGACAUCCCACUGUGAACGAGGGAGCAGUUCAACGUAAAGUAUGUUUCCAUUGGUCAUCAAACUGCUGUCGGUGGUCCAGUAAUAUUAGGGUUCGUAACUGUGGCGGUUUCUUUGUGUACGAGUUGGUUCGGGCACCUACAUGUAGCUUGCGAUAUUGUGGAGAGAAAGCUCAAGGUAAGAGUGUUUUUGCGUAUUUAUUGACAGCAAUUUCUCUACAAAGAGAUUAAAAGAAAAGAGAAAAAAGUAUUGAAAACACUGCAAAUAUUGUGUUGCAUUUUUACCAGGCGGAUCACCACCACCGCCGGUUACAACAGCGCCUCCAGUGGCUCCCGGUAAGUUGAACAGCUAAAUAUUAAAAGUAGGCUGACAAAGCUUUCCAAAAAAGUUAUUGAUAUGUGCCAAUCACUAUAAAAAUGACAAGACCAAUGCUAUCUUAGUUAAUCUUGGAAACCUAACUAGUGGUGUGAAAAACCCUGCCCCCCUCUCUAUUUGAUAAUCAGAAAAAGCUAUCGUCGACUGAGUUACGUUUAUGAAGAACAGUUAAUGCUAAGAUGUAUGCUGCAUGAUUUUCUCAACUUCCUGACAGAAUGUCGUGUUUCAGUUCUUACUCUAUAGGGAAGCAAUAGGACGAGAGCUUUAGUUAGAAAUGUUUUUAACAUAUUUUGAUUUUUAUUUCAAGACAAAAAACUGCAAUCAAAAGCAAAUAGUUUAAGUGUCUCGAACGGACCAACCUCCAGAAGACAGUUUGGGAGGAAAAAAUAAUAAACAGGACGUCUCCUUUUUGGAUAGAACGCUGACAUUGUAAACUAGAUCAAGUUUGUUUUCAACUUAUGCGAUUGAAAAGCCAACUGCAAUUUUCCAUUGUUACUUUUUUUUUUUCUCCGACAUGGCGAAGAUUGCUGAGUGUUGAGUUACAUGUUACGUCCUUUUCAUCAUUUUUAUCUUCGGUAACCUUAUUGACGAUGGUUGUCGACCGAUAUGAACGCUAAAAUUUACGCAGUUAUUUUGAAAAAGACCGUCUAUCGCUGAAAAUUCUCCGUGAAAUUCAAGCAGAAACACAGUAAAUCAACGACAACGUGACAAAUAUAAUGUAAAAAUACAUAAACUAAGUUCGAGGGUGAGUCUUGAAAAAAAAAAAUGAUUGUUUCACAAUUGAAAGAGGGUGUGCUCUCAGACGAUUAAAAUUGCGAAAUUAUCAUAAUUAUGUGUAGAUACAUAAUUGCUGAGGGUAUAGGACUUGAAGCAUAUAUAAAUUAUGAAAAUCGAGGUUCGAAAUUGCGUAAGAUUUAUGGUAAAUGAAUUUCGUCAAUAAAAGAUGUCGUGUUUAGUAUUUUUUAAAAUCACAAUUGUUAGGAUGCGAGCCAUAUUGCAUUGUAGAAUAAGCCUUUUUUCCAGCAUAUUUCCAUGAAAUCUUCAAGACAAUGCCUCACACUGAGAACACACCCUGAAAUUUAAAGCUAAUUGUAGAAAUGAAGAGAGCGACCAUCUACUUGUGUACAGUUUGUGAACAUAUGAAUUUUAUGAAUUUAGUUGAUUGUUUGAGUGGUUUGAUAGAAUGCUGGUAGUAGUUACUAGAUCAAAUUUAUUUUUGACUAAUACAAAAGACUGUCCAUCGCUGGAAGUUCUAAGCAAAAACACAUAAACAUCAAUGACAAUGUGAUAAAUAAAAUGCAAAAAUACUUGAAAUGAGUUCGGAGGUAAUUUAGGAAAAAUCGAAGAAAAAAAUGUUUCACAAUCUAAGGGGGUCAUGCUCUCUGACAAUAGAAAUAUGAAAUAGUUAUCAGUCUUUGUGAAAUCAAAAUAAUACCGGGGGUAUAGUGAGCUCUUGAAAAUCUAGGUUCGUCAUUGUGUUGUCGCAUUUAUUGCUUAAUUUUUUUGCCUGUUUGUUUGCUUUUUGUUAACAUAACCAGAGUGUUCAAACUACCAAGUCCUGGGCGAAAAUGACCGUAACACAGGCUACAAAGGAGCUAUCAAAUGUGACCGGCCGUUGCCAGCCGGAAAACGCUGGUACAGGUUUCAAGGAGGUGCAGGCACACAGAUGCCAACAAAGUGUGUGCCUAGAUAUUAUUGCGGUACCCAUGCACCAGGCUGGCUGAGUGACGCACAUCCCACAGUGGGCGAGGGAGCCGUCCAACGCAAAGUAUGUUUCCAUUGGACAUCAGGCUGCUGUCAAUGGUCCAGUAAUAUUAACGUUCGUAACUGUGGUGGUUUCUUUGUGUACGAGUUGGUUGAACCACCGGGAUGCAGCAUGCGAUACUGUGGAGAGACAUUUCAAGGUAGUAGAGAUCAAACCCCAUUCUUUAUCUUACCUUCAUUUCAAAUAUAACAAUAUAAGAGCUAUGUUAAAAUCAUACUAUGUUGUCAUGAGCUUAUGUGCCGUUUUUAUUUUUUUUUCUCUAGGAGGCUCGCCACCACCUCCAUCAACGCCACCUCCAGUCAUUUUUGGUGAGUUGAGCAUAUUCUAGAUCUUUAUUUAUACUUUAAUUACCUGUAGAGAAAAGGUUAAAGGUAUUUGAAAAGAUAUCGAAAAACUACGCCACCGUCUUGUUAAGGAAUUAUUCGAGAAGGCUACCUGAAACAUAAAAAUUCUUGAGCAUUUUGGCAAAGAACCGAAGGAGGACCACCUAUGGAACGUCUGAUAUGCAAUUUGUUAAGUUUCCUGGUAAGAUACACUUUGAUUUAUUGAAUACUACAACAUGAACAUCUUGCGAAUGUUGUUAGGUUCAAAUAGCAAACGAUAGGAACGUCCGGCCUUAGCUCCAAUGCCAGAUAUUCCUAUAUCAAAAAAAGAGUGUAUACGUACAGAACAUGCGUAGUAGCCAGUGUGAUACGAGAUACAAACCAAAUACAAUACCUUCCACUCCAGCUUGUUCCAACUACAAAGUCUUGAACGAAAGUGACCGUAUAACAACUUACAAAGGGUCAGUCAAAUGUGACAGCUCACUUGGAAAAGGCUGGUACAGAUUCGCGGGAGAUGCAGGCACACAGAUGCCAACUAAGUGUGUACCUAAACUUCAGUGUGGUACCCAUGCACCGGGCUGGCUGAGUGGCGCACAUCCCACAGUGGGCGAGGGAGCCGUUCAACGCAAAGUGUGUUUCCACUGGUCAUCAGGCUGCUGUCAGUGGUCCAGUAAUAUUUUGGUUCGUAACUGUGGUGGUUUCUUUGUGUACGAACUGGAUCGGCCACCAGCCUGUAGUCUGCGAUAUUGUGGAGAGAAAACUCAAGGUAGGAAAUUCUAUGGAACACGGAUUAUUUUUCUUGUACGCAAAAAAGCUCUUUUCAAAUUUUUAUUUUGAAGCCCUCACUUCCCGAGUAAGAGUGGAAAAAUUUCAUAAACGCUUGAAAACUAUCCCCCAGUUGGACAAGCAAAGAAAUAUUUUUGUUUGACGUAAGCCGAGCGUGGUAAUCAGAUCAUCAAAUUGGAUCUAGAGCAGAAAGUAAGAGAUGUAAAGAGUCAAAAUAAACUGAAAAAAAUAACUUGUCUAAGAAAAGAAAAAAAAAUUAGGAAUAAGAGAUGACAUUGGGUGGGUCCAGAAAAUUAAGAAAAAGAGGACGUAAAGGUAGAUUUGAGAGCACAACGCCACCAUAUCUCAACCCCAAAAUAAAAUCCUCUCGUUUGAUGCAGCUGAAAAGGCACAUUAGAAGUUUGAGACGGUUCCUUUUCACCGAUCACUUCUGUAAUCGGACAGUUUUCGCGUCAUUGCUUAGUACAUUACGUUGCACUGCUAGGCUAACGGUCUACUGGUUUAAUUUUUUUAAUGAGCCAAUGACUUAAUUUUCUCGCGGAAACAAGUCAAGGGGUAUUAUUGUUUUUGUAAUGAGUACGAUUAAUUGCUUGCAAAAUUAGUUUAUUUACUUGGUCUCAUCGAUGGGUUUUUUUUGGUUCCUCCAAUUUUUUCAUAGUUUUAGAAAUUACCAACGGGACUUUGAGCCAUUCAAUUCUGUUUGUUUUAAAAUUGUUUAUUAAAAAAUCGGACUACCGCUUUGCGUUCGUCCGGUUUGUUAAUCAUACGCAUGAUUACAGACUCCACUCCGUCAUAUUCUCGUUAUUAAUGUUACUGACUGACAUUUAUAGUGAGACUUGUGUUGUAUAUGGUAUUGACAGGUUGUAGUUCAUCAACGCCUCCACCUCCAGGACCAACAACACCUGUUAACGCACAAGGUAAAUCAAAGAAUGCAAACAUUUGGAAAUUUGGAAAAAACCUGGUAUAAACUGAACUGAUACCUGUGAAUACUAUCAAUUAUCUGCAUUAGAAUGUUCCAGUUACCAAGUCCUUAAGGAUUUCGACCGUGCCAAAGGAUUUCAAGGAGGAGCCGUCAAGUGUGACCGCUCUGGUUUUGUUAAGGCCUGGUACAAGUUUGAAGGAGGCGCCGGUGACAA